AUGGCAACCCUCCGCCUGUGCUCCAUGAUGGCUUUGGUCCACCACACCCUCGCAGUGACAUGGUUAUACCUGGCCAAGCAGCCACCCCUGCGAGGGCUCCAACGGGAUCCCGGGGCCUGCGAAAGUCUGAAGGGGUUGGCCGAAGAGCAGGUGAGAAUGUGCCACCGCCAGGUGGAAGCCAUGGAUACCGUGAAGCGUGCGGCCGAGCUGGCCCUCGAGGAGUGCCAGCACCAGUUCCGUGACCGCCGCUGGAACUGCUCGACCCUGCAGGGACUGCCAGUUUUUGGGAAAGUCAUUCUACAAGGCACCCGCGAGUCAGCCUUCGUCCACGCUGUCUCCUCAGCUGGGCUCGCUUUUGCCGUGACCCGGGCCUGCAGCCGGGGGGAGCUGGAAAAGUGUGGAUGUGACCGCAAGAUCAGAGGAGUCAGCCCUGAAG